AUGGCUUCCAGACAGGCUUAUCAUGCUGGGUCAUGGUACUCUGAUAAUAGUCGAACCUUGACAGGCCAGCUGGAUGGCUGGCUAGCACAGGUGCCGGAUACCUUAGACAAUGUGGGCUCACUUCCAGUCUCGGGGGCCCGGAUCAUUAUAGCACCACAUGCCGGUUAUUCCUACUCAGGGCCCUGUGCAGCCUAUGCAUACAAGGCGCUUGACCUGUCAAGGGCUAAACGUAUCUUCGUCUUGGGUCCAUCUCAUCACUAUUCCCUUUCAACCCUGGCCCUCCCACAGGUCAAGUCAUACUAUACCCCGCUCUCGAAGGACCCCCUCCCACUAGAUACAGAGCUGAUCGCCAAGCUCCAUAAGACACAGGCGAGAAAGUCGGAUGGAUCCAAAACCAGCUUUACGGCCAUGACUCAGUCUGUCGACGAAGAAGAACACAGUAUUGAGAUGCACCUCCCCUAUAUCCACCGUCUCCUUCAGCUGCAAUACCCAGAGACUCCAACGUCUCAAUAUCCCCCGCUGGUCCCGAUAAUGGUUGGCAGUACUUCUGCAUCCACGGAACGAGCCUUUGGUGCACUAUUGGCUCCUUAUUUAGAAGAUCCGGAGAACGCAUUCGUCAUCAGCUCAGACUUUUGCCACUGGGGCCUCCGUUUUCGCUACACAUACUACGUCCCGCAGGCCCCAAAGCCAGGACCGGAGCUUCCCCUAUCCAGCGACACACUCCCACAGCCAGGGCAAGAACCUGCUAACGUAUCCAAGGAGAUUGAGUCCGUCUGUGUAGGACAUGGCCUGCGGCGUGGGGAUCGGAUCUCUAGUAAAGAGCCUGCGAUUCACGAGAGUAUCUCGGCCUUCGACCUUGCCACUAUGUCAGCCAUCACCACUGGAUCGGCGAGUAAGUUCCUGGAUACAAUCGAACGCACCGGGAAUACUGUCUGCGGUCGCCAUCCUAUUGGUGUUAUCAUGGCUGCGUUGGAGGUGGUAACAGCCGGCCGACCGGAAGGGAAGCAAGGCCUGUUUCACUUUCUGAGGUACGAGCGCAGCUCAGAUGCGGUAGAUGUGAACGACAGCUCUGUGAGCUAUGUUUCGGCUUUUGCGUCUCUCUAA